AUGGCAGAGGGUGAGUCCGAACUUAGCCCAAGACGUCGUAUGAAUCUUACUGACCCUCUGCCCACUCACCAGGCUACGCGGCUGCUCGGGCCAUCACCUCUCCGUUCCGAUUACCUCCCUCGUUGGCCGCUCCCAAGGCACAACCGCCGCCUUCGACGAUUCCGACCGACCGGUUGGCGACCCAGGCCGACCACUGGGCCGACGGGAGAGGUGUAUCACCUGCUCUCCCUCCGCCGAACGGGUACACACUGCAACCCAAGCCGGCUUCGUCUUCGCUUACGACGUUGGCGACCCAGACAUUGAUCAACCAGGCCUCGCACGUCGCGGCUCAGCAACAACCCCAGCAGCCUCCUCCACCACCACCACCACCACCACAGCAACAAAUGCCACCUCAGCAUCCAGCUUCCAUGCACGGCUACGGCCCACCGCCGAUACAUGCUCGGCAGGGUGGCGGCAUGCCUCAACAGCAGGCUCAACCUUAUUACUACACCCCAGCUCCGGCUUCCGGUCCUUACCACGCCCACCAACCCCCUCUUCCUCCCAUGGCGAUCCCACCCCCGCCCCCUUUCGCGCAAGAGGUCACGCCCACUCCUUACUUUGCUUUACCCAAGGACGUACACAUGUCCCAACAAUACGCGCCCCCAGCUUCUACCGGGUACGACGCACAACAACCGAAUCUCGUUCCGCAGCACCCCCUCACAGCACCACCACCCCCACCUCACAUGCCCAUUCAACAAUCGAUGCAAAUGCCCGCUUACCAUCAACUCAACGGCACCAUCCCACCACCUCCCCAUCCAUCGGCAUCUGCUUCUGCCCCUUCUUACUCUCGGAACAGUGGCAGCGGCUUCGUUCAACGCCAGGUUCGGACGACGAGCAUGGUCCCUCCUAACUCGGCGAUUGACCAGUCCAUUCCGCGGAUCGAGCAACUCGGGCUCUCGAAUCCCGGCCCUCCACCUCGCGCACCUUCGGUUCGACCCGACUAUUACCUCAGUGAUCAGGAUGGACCGCCUAACAAGCUCAGCGUCAUGCAUCCCGAUGUAAGCCCACUCCCAUCUUUGAGACAUCGCGCAGGCACUCACGGUCGCGGGGUCUCGGGUUGUGACAGCAACGAACUUUGGCGAAUCUGAGGGAGGCAGCAUACUCGGGUCCGAACGAUAUGUACAAAAAGAUCGCAUGGGCCAAGCAAGUGCUCAAGUUCGUCGAGCGACAGCAAUCGAUCUCGCGCAACUCGUCUCGCAUCACCGAUCAGACGCUCGUGCGCUGGACCGACGAAGCACUCAACCUCAUUUUGUCCUCUGCCGCCUCCAGCACACCCGUGCCGUUGGCUCUUUAUUUCCGUGGCGACCUCUCAUCGACGGGCUCUUUCCCAUCUUAUCGAUCCAAGGACUCUAGCGCCGCUUUCCGGGACUUCGAAGCCGCCUCGAACGGCGGGCUCGUCAAAGCCUGGUUCCGAAUAGGGCGAGCAUACGAAGAUUUCGGCGACGUGCGACGCGCCGUCAAUGCUUAUGAGAGGGGGGUCGAGAAGGGGGACUGUGGGAGCACGUAUCGCCUCGCGAUGGCUUAUUUGUUGGGUCAGAUUGGUGUGAUGGCCGACGCGGGGAAAGCAUUGGCGUUGUUGAGGAGGGCUGCGGAUGCGGCCGAUGUUGAUACACCGCAACGUGAGUCGAGCACGGAUGUUUUUAAAUCACCUCGCUUCAUUUGCUGACUUGGUGGGUUGCUGUUGACAGCUCCUUAUAUCCUGGGUUUGCUGCUCAAUGGCGAGUUCGAGACCGCGGGGGCAAAGCUACCACAAGGGGUGGUGCCGCUGAAUGUGGAGGAAGCGAAAUGGAGGAUCGAGAGGGCAGCGUAUCUCGCCUUUGGACCAGCGCAAUACAAGAUGGUGAGCUGCGAUAAAGGAUGCAAGAGUACUAGUAAACGUUAGGAGGCUAAUGAUCUGAUCUAAUGUGCAGGGCUACGCAUACGAAUACGCGACUCUUGGAUGCCUCUUCGACCCCUUCCUUUCAGUCCAAUACUACGCCCUGGCCUCGCAAAACGGGGAAGUCGAAGCCGACAUGGCCUUGAGCAAGUGGUACCUCUGUGGUUUCGAAGGCAGCUUUGAAAAGAACGAGGCACUCGCCGUCACCUUCGCGGAGAAGGCCGCCCAUCGAGGUCUACCCAGCGCCGAGUUCGCCCUGGGGUAUUUCAGCGAAGUCGGCAUUUCGGGACCCAUCAAUCUCGAAUUGGCCAAGAGGUGGUACCAACGAGCUGCAGGGCGAGGGAAUGAGGACGCGCAACAACGCCUCGAGGCGCUGCAGGGAUCGGAGGAAAACGUCCUCUCGCGCGUCGAUCACGAGUCGCAGUUGGAUCAGAAGUUGGUAAGGAAACGGACCCAGGCUCAGGCAAGGUCCGAUGAACAGAAAUCGAGGUUGGCGCAGACCUAUGCGAGGGCUUCGGCGGGAUCAGUCCAGGGCGGCCGUGGGUAUGGUGGAACGGCUUCCGCUCCACCGAGUCAGCAGGCAGCCUAUCAAUCACCGCGGCUGAGUCAAUCUAAUGGGUCGUCGGAUACAUCCGUUAACACAACGCCACAAAUGCCUUCAUCUCCGGGAACGGGAUCGAUCCGCGGCAGAACAAGAAGCGACACGUUGAAGCAAGUCGAAGCUGCAGCCGCUCAAGCGGCAGGAUGGGGACCUCGACCGAUGCCGAAUCGAAACAACACCGAAGCCUCUUCUUCCCUCCAAACUUCACCAGCAAUGGGGAGGUUGCUCCAGGAUGGGUCGGCAAAUCCGAACGCCGGUAGUGGAGGUGCGAAUGGUCUACGGAGACCGAGCUCGACCUUACCUCCUAGCAAUUCGAGUACGGGAGGGGCCCCUCAACGUCAAGAGAUCGCGACGCAUAUGGCGUUGAACAAGCCGACAACGUUUGCGGAGAUGGGUAUCGCGACAACCAAGGCGAAGAAGGAUGAGUGUACGAUCAUGUGA